CCAUAGUGCUGUGCCUGGAUGUAGGCUUUACAAUGAGCAAUUCUGCCUCUGGUGAGGAGUCUUCACUUGAGCAAGCCAAGAAGGUUAUGACAAAAUUUGUGCAGAGACAGGUUUUUGCUGAGAGUAAAGAUGAAGUUGCUGUAGUUUUGUUUGGUACAGAUAGUACUAGGAAUGACCUCGCCAGUGGGGAUCAAUACCAAAACAUUACUGUACAUAGGUCACUAAUGCUACCAGAUUUUGAUCUGCUGGAAGACAUUCAAGAUUUGAUUAAACCAGGCUCUGAACAAGCAGACUUUCUGGAUGCAAUUAUUGUGUGUAUGGACUUGCUUCAGAAGGAAACAAUAGGAAAGAAAUAUGAGAAGAGACACAUCGAACUGUUUACAGACCUUAGUAGUCCUGUCAGUGAGGAUCAGCUGGAAAUUAUCAUUGCUAACUUGAAGAAAACAGGAAUUUCACUUCAGUUUUUUCUGCCAUUUCCAGUGAAUGUUGAUGAUGGAGGUGGAGAUACAAGUGCCACUGUACGUUCUCAAAUGCAAAGAAACUAUUUUCCAAGAAAGGGUUUAACUGAGCAACAGAAGGAAGGCAUUGAUGUGGUGAGGAAACUAAUGCAUACUUUGGAUGAAGGAGGAGGGCUGGAAGAAAUUUAUACUUUCAGAGAGAGCCUGGAGCGUCUUUCGAUGUUUAAGAAAAUAGAAAGAAAAUCUAUGGCUUGGCCCUGCCAGCUCACUAUUGGUUCUAAUUUGUCUAUAAGGAUUGUGGCCUACAAAUCAAUCACAGAAGAGAAGGUGAAAAAAAUUUGGACAGUUGUGGAUGCGAAAACCCUCAGAAAAGAUGAUGUGCAAAAAGAAACUGUUUACUGUUUGAAUGAUGAUGAUGAGACAGAGGUUCAGAAAGAUGAUACUAUUCAAGGCUUUCGCUAUGGGAGUGAUAUAGUUCCUUUUUCCAAGGAAGAUGAGGAGCAAAUGAAAUACAAAACAGAAGCAAAAUGUUUUUCUGUUUUGGGGUUCAGCAGAUCUUCUCAGAUCCAGAGGCAUUACUACAUGGGCAACCAGGUUCUGAAGGUCUUUGCAGCAAAGGAUGAUGAGAAUGCAGCAGUUGCUUUUUCUGCCCUUGUUCAUGCAUUGGAUGAGUUGAAAGUGGUAGCUAUAGUGCGUUAUGCUUAUGAUAGAAGAUGCAACCCACAAAUUGGGGUAGCUUUUCCAUAUAUUAAGGAUGCAUAUGAGUGUCUCAUCUACGUGCAACUACCCUACGUGGAAGACUUAAGGCAGUACAUAUUCUCAUCCUUGAAAUCCAACAAAAAAUGCAUUCCUACAGCGGAUCAGUUAUCUGCUGUUGACUCUUUGAUUGAUUCUAUGAAUUUGAUUUAUGAAGAUGAUGAUGGAGAAACUUUUGAGGACCUGUUUAAGCCCAGCAAAAUCCCAAACCCUCAUUUUCAGAGGCUGUAUCAGUGUUUGCAGCAUAAGGCUUUUCACCCCAAUGAGCCAUUGCCGCCAAUUGAAAAGCACCUUUUAGAGAUGCUGGAGAUGCCCUGUGUGGUAAAAGAAAGGUGUCAAACUGCUCUUGAAAAAGUAAAAGCACUGUUCCCCUUAAAAGAAGUUGGCAAGAAAAAAGAAGACAAGACUGCUCAAGACAUCUUCAAUGACAA